GGUAAAGAGGGGGGAGCCCUUCUUAUAUGGAUGCAUUGGGAGCUCCUCUUGCUCUCCUUACAAUAUUCACCUAGCGCAUCUCCUCCUGCCUCCAUGCUCUGCUCUCCAAUGGCCAAGUUGCUUCCGUUGAUGAUGCUUUUGCUUCUUAUCUUAGUCUCUUUGGUCUCAUGCGAGAUUGUCCUUGAGGAGGUGCAGGAUGAUGAUCUGUUUCUGAACGCCCAAAAGAGACAAUAUGGAUCUGGGAGCCUUAAAAGCUACCAGUGCCCUGGUGAGUGCACAAGGCGGUGCUCCCGGACGCAGUACCACAAGCCAUGCAUGUUCUUCUGCCAGAAGUGCUGCAGAAAAUGCCUGUGUGUCCCUCCAGGUUUCUACGGGAACAAGCAGGUCUGCUCUUGCUACAACAACUGGAAGACCAAGAGGGGUGGUCCAAAGUGCCCUUAAAUUGAUCUAUCACCUGCUUGUUUCUUGAUCUACUGGUUUCUGUGGCUGUAUCAGUUAGUAUAUGAGCAGGUCACAUUUUGUGAGUAGAGCUACUGGUGGGCAUUCUAGGGUUGUUUACGUGAGUGUCUGUAGUAGGCUGGUCAUAUAUUAGUCUUGAACCAGUGUGAGUUUGAUGUUUUAGUGGAACUAUAUGGUUUGAGAUUCUUCUUUC